AUUACAUUUCGACAACCUCUGGAAUCUCUACCUCACAUUGCACCCCUUUUGAAAUCCGUUUCUCUCUCCCUCUCACCUUUUUCUCUCUCCCUAUUACUCCUUCUCUCUCUCUCUCUCUCCCUCUCUCUCUCUCUCUCUGUCGUUCUUCAGAUCAUCUUCCAUAGGCAGAAUCCAGGGAUCGACUAUGAAUUCUACAUCCCAACAGAAAAGAAAGUGGAAGAGAGGGAGAGGCCGCGAGAGAGAGAAAGAGAGAGGCCUAGAGAGAGAGAAGUAGAGAGGGAACGUCCGAGGGAUGGAGGGAGGGCACCCCUGAGAGACACUAGUUCUCUCAUUGUAACAGUGGAAGACCCUAUCCCUCCUCCCCCCAUAUCCUCUUCGUCCUCUUCCUUCUCCUCCUCUUCUUCCGCAGACAGAUGGACAGCUGAGAGCUCACGCCCCCGAGGCUCGAUACCCAAUCGGAAUGCUCGAAUCCCACCUCGUACUGACCUGCCCCUCGACACCCAGUCACCCUUCGUAUGGAGGAGGGGCGGGCUCACUGAGUGUACUGCUUCCUGUGGCAAAGGGUCCCAGUACAGGGUGAUCCUGUGUAUUAACCGCCAUACUGACGAGGAAGUCCCAGACAGGAAGUGUGACUCAGCAGCAAGACCCUCCCCUGAGGAGGAGCUCUGCAACACACACCCCUGCCCAGCAUUCUUCGAGGCCAGCUCAUGGUCAGAGUGCAGUGUGUCUUGUGGUUUGGGAGUACAGCAGAGACAGCUUCAGUGCAGACAGAGCUUUGGGAACCGUUCCACCAUGGUUCAACCACAACGCUGCUCCAACCUAACCCCACCUGACCUCACCCAGUCCUGCCAGCUACGACUCUGCUCACACUGGGAGAUAGGCACCGACUGGAGCUCUUGCUCAGUGGACUGUGGCAUGGGGAAGAGAACUCGUAAUGUCCGCUGUUUCAGUGACAAUGGCGUCGUGGUGAAUGACAAGGAGUGUAACGCCAGGCUCCGCCCACAAGGAAGUGAGGACUGUCACAUGGGGCCCUGUGUAACCAACUGGUACUUUACUGGCUGGUCCAACACUUGUUCAGCCCUGUGUGGUCCAGGUGUUCAGAGGAGAGAGGUGUUGUGUCUGACCCGUGGAGGGAGAGAGGGAGGAGAGUGUUUGGGGGACAAACCGGCGGACAUGAAGGCGUGUAACGGGGGUCCGUGUGCUCCCACCUACAUGUGGUACAGUAGCCCCUGGGGUCAGUGUAGUGCUCCAUGUGGGAAUGGAACUCAGCGAAGGGACAUCAUCUGUGUGGAGAAGAUGGGGACAGAUUUCAAAGUGGCACCGAUCAGCCAGUGUGCCCAGCUGGAAAAGCCUCCCUCGGUGCAGACGUGUGCGAUGGAAGCAUGUCAGCCUCAGUGGUUUACUACGGAGUGGAGCGCGUGCUCUCGUUCCUGUGGUAAGGGGCUACAGAUCAGAGAAGUACGGUGUCUCACACCUGACAAACAGCACAGCCCAGAAUGCUCCCCUACAGACAAACCUGACCAGGAGCAGCUCUGCAAUACCAUACCCUGCAGUCCACAGGUCGCAGAUGAGAACUGCAGGGACCUGCGUCAUAACUGUGUGAUGGUGGUUCAGGCCAGACUGUGUGUCUACUCCUACUACAAGACUGCCUGCUGCGCCUCAUGUACCCAGAGUGCUCAGCGGGCCAAGAGGCACUGACCAGCCAAUAACAGGCUUCCAGCCGAGAUCAGCCAGGGGUCAGGGUUUAAGGGGUUAGAAGUCAAAGCGCAGGUUACCAUAGAAAUGGAGUGGGUAGAGUGGAUAUAUUACCACAUAAAGUGGGGAUUGAAUUGUGUUCUGGGCCAGAUGUACAGCCGUUAUAGAAGGGAUGUUUUGGAAUGUGAGUUAAUUUGUUACUUACUACAUUUCUAACAUUUGAUGGGUUAUCUGCAUAUGCAAAGAAUGUGCCAAUGACAUUGUACAGAGCUCCAUAAUAUGGAACAUAUCUGAUUUCUGUGUCCACUCGUUCUGUUUCUAUGGCUGAGAGAUGCUGUGGAUGAUGUAUGUACACCCAGGACCUGGGUCCAGAGCUCUGUCCCAGUAGCCAAACUUGCAUACCACUUAGUGUGAGGUGAAGUAUUGUCCAUGCUAGUAUGGAUAUAUGGGACCCAGAAGGUAUAACCCAAUAGCAGUGUAAAACCUGCUGGAAGUUUCUAUGAUAUAUGUUUUCUAUGUUUGUGUUCUAUAUGCCAAAAAACUAUUUGAAAUGUCUCCUCAGUGUUUAUACAGCAUCAUCAACAUUUGGUGAAAACAUACCAAAAUGUAAGAUGGUGGCCUAGUACAAGUGACCUGUUUUUAAAGGACAAUAGUGGAGAGAUGUCCAUAACCUGAGAACGCCCCCAAUCUGAAAACAAGCAGGGGUAGAAUGAAACGACUGUAUGGUCUAUUGGUGACUGUCCAGGUAUCCAACCUGUGCCCUCACGACUGUUAGCCCACUGAGCUAAAGCCAAGGCAUUACCCCUGAGAGCUAAUACCAGUGUUCAGGCCUCAGCCAAGGUUACACCCAACCACCUCUGCUAUAUACAGAAAAUAUACCACUACCUGAGACAUUUGUAUCAUCUGACCCAUCAAUAUGUUCAAGAAUGGUAGGUAUUGAAAUAACAUUGUAUUCAUUUAUGCAUUCAUUUUCAGAAAUGCAUUUGCCACAAUAUGCUGAAGAGCAAGCUGUGUCUGAAAGGUUCAAUUCAGCUGUUUUUAUCUCAAUAUCAAAUCCUUUCUGGGUAACAAUUAAGUACCUUACUGUGACUGUUUUCAAUUCAAAUGGUCAAAAAGAAACUAAAUAACUUCUUAGCAAAGAGCAAUUUCUCAAGCAAGAAUUUUGCUAGGAAACCGAAAACUACUGUAGCUGUUAUUGGCAGAGAGGUUUGAAACUAUUUCUCUUUUUGGUCGCUUAACUAACUGGUGAUGUCACCAUGCAGACCAAAACUUCAUCCAACCAAAACAGGGAGAAAUUUCAGGCAGUCUUUUCAAACAGCCCUUAUACUAAAAUGGCAUUAUCAUCAUUUUCACAAUUUCACAAUAUUAUUCCAAACUCAUAGUUUGGAAGGAUAUAUAAAACACAGAAAAAUCACGUUUUUGAGUGCACUGGGCCUUUAACUCCCAAAGGAGCAAGUAACAUCUCCCUGACUAAUUUGUGUUUUUACUGAAAAUGUUUAAAAGGGUUCUGUCUUGGACUUAAACAAAGCUCUUUUUCACAGAUAUUGCCCCUAUGCCUUGACAUAGUUGUAACAUGUUACUGUAUGUUACGUCUACAGCAUACAGACACACACACACACACACACUCCACAGGUGAACGAUGUGUAUAUUUGUCAGUCAAUAUUACAUUUGUAUGUCUAUAUUUCUGUGUGAACAUAUACUUAAUAUACAUAUACAUAAAUAUCUCCUAUAUUGUGGUAUGAUUUGAAUUGUAGGCAUACUGUACAUGUUAACUGUAUGCAUAUAUUCAUAUAAAGUAUUCAUAUUUUUCACUCAUCAUAUUAAGAAGAACAAAUUAUAUUUUGCUACCCUUAGAUGGUGUGUGUUGUGUGUGUGUUUGUCUUCCUGUCUCUGUGAAGUUGCCUAUUUGUGUUUAUUUGUGUGAGUAUGCAGCCGUGGGUGUAUUCUUGUAUGAGUCUAUCUGUGAAUAUAAUUUUCAUGUUUUAAAUAGUUUUUAGUAGAAACAAAAAAAAUCUAUUAAAAAGGAUAGUAAUUUAUCUAUUAUAAAAAAAUACAUGUAAUUUAUUUUUUUUCUUAAGAGGAGCUGUAGAAAAUUCCCUUUGUUGCUACCGUGUCAGAGUUUAUGAUCAGGAGUUAUUGCGUAGAAGUAUAUGGAUUUUGUAUUAUUUUGAAAAAGGCAAACGAGUGUGUGGAAAUGCUAUCACAAACUUAAUUUGAAAUAAAAACUGAAACCAGAAAAUA